AUGGCAAUCCUGCACCCGGAAGCCGAGUCAGCUGCUAAGAUAGCUUCGCUGUCCGAAGCUAAGCAGCGUGAGCUCGCUGAAGCUGGCUACAAGCAUGUAGUGGGUGCUCCAGCGCCGCUACCGCUAGAUCUACCUCACUUUUCGCUCCGCGACUUGCGAGCUGCCGUUCCCUCACACUGUUUCGAACGCUCUUUCAUCAAGUCCACGUACUAUCUCAUCAAGAACCUGUUUACGUGCGCGGUGCUCUUCUACAUAGCCACAUACAUCGACCGAACAGGAUACUUUGCCUACAUACUCUGGCCUGCGUACUGGUUCUUUCAAGGAAGUUACCUAACCGGUAUUUGGGUCGUCGCACACGAGUGUGGACAUCAGUCUUAUUGCUCCAUUGAAGUCGUAAACAACGUAAUUGGUCUCGUACUGCACUCGGCGUUACUCGUGCCGUACCACAGCUGGCGUAUUUCACACCGUAAACAUCACUCGAACACCGGAAGUUGCGAGCACGAUGAGGUUUUCGUUCCCGUCACGCGCUCCGCGAUUGCUAGUUCGUGGAAUGAGACGCUCGAAGACUCUCCACUCUAUCAACUCUAUCGCAUUGUUUACAUGUUGGUCGUGGGUUGGAUGCCUGGGUAUCUCUUCUUUAACGCGACAGGACCGGCCAAGUACUGGGGUAAAGCUCGCAGCCACUUCAACCCAAAUUCGGCCAUCUACUCAGACCGUGAGCGUUGGAUGAUUAUCCUUAGUGACAUCUCUCUCGUGUUCAUGAUUGGUGUGAUAGCGGCAUUGAUUCACACUUUUUCAUUUUACACGAUUUUGAAAUUCUACGGCGUACCCUACAUUGUCGUGAAUGCCUACCUCGUGCUCAUUACAUUCCUGCAACACACAGAUACAUACAUCCCCCACUUUCGACAGGGUGAAUGGAAUUGGCUGCGCGGCGCCCUUUGCACAGUAGAUCGCUCCUUUGGCUCGUAUCUUGAUUCGGUUGUUCACCAUAUCGUGGACACGCACGUGUGCCACCACAUUUUCUCCAAAAUGCCGUUCUACCACUGCGAAGAGGCCACCAACGCAUUAAAGCCGCUACUAGGCAAAUUCUACUUGAAGGACACCACGCCCGUGCCCACUGCGCUGUGGCGUUCUUAUACUCACUGUAAGUUUGUCGAGGACAACGGUGCUGUUGUCUUUUACAAGUGCAACAUUUGA